CUUCCUGUUUCUGUAGCUGACUGUCUCAGAGCCAGCAGCAAACAUUAUACUGUGUCAGGGCGGCUCCCACAAAACGAACUGUGUUUUCAGACCAUUUUCUGUUGAAAAGUUUAUAGAAGAGAGCAAAGAUUAUGCUGAAUACAUCUGGGGACCUGAUGUUCAGUGGAACGCAUCCAAGCAAUAGGGAAAUUUCUAACAACUCACAGACAUCAGUGACAGAAAACAAGGCUCACCAGCACUGUGAUGGAAGGGAGAAGAGGAGAUGGAGAGCCCUGUGGUGAUACUGAAAUUCUUGCUGAUCAGGCAACUCAAGGGAAUGGCCCAGUGAUGCCGAGUGAGCUGAGGCUCAUCCUCGUAGGGAAGACAGGAAGUGGGAAGAGUGCAACUGGAAAUACCAUCCUUGGCAAGAAAGCCUUUAAGUCUAAGCUCAGUUGCAGGCCAGUGACUGAGAGCUGCCAAAGAGAGAGCAGGAAAUGGCAUGGAAAAACACUUGUUGUCAUUGACACACCAGAUAUCUUUUCCUCCAGUGCCCAAACAAAUAGAGAUCUAGAGAUCUGUCGCUGUAUGGCCCUCUCUUCCCCAGGGCCUCAUGCCCUGCUUUUGGUGAUACAGUUGGGCCGUUACACCAAUGAGGACAAGGAGGCCCUCAGGUGCAUCCAGGAGAUCUUUGGACCAGGGAUCCUGUCUCACACCAUCCUUGUCUUCACCAGGAAAGAAGACUUAGGUGGGGAAACCCUAAAGGAAUACUUACAAGGAACAGGGAGCAAAAGCUUGGCCUGGCUAUAUGUGGUGUGUGAAGGAUUUCACUGUGGUUUCAACAACAAAAUUGAAGGGGAGGGGCAAGAGGCCCAACUAAAGGAACUGAUGGAUAUGAUAGAAGGGAUUGUCUGGAAAAAUAACUUCCGCUGCUACUCGAAUGAGGUGUAUGACUAUAUCCAGCAAAAUAUUCAGCAGUUAAGAGAGGAGCUGGGAGAAGAGCCAAUAGGCCAGGGGCAGGGUUCUAAGGGAGCUUUCUGUAAAGAGAAUAUGGCAUCAGAGGAGUCAGAUCAGACCUGCUCUGCACUAGAAAGUCUGAUGACCAUUCAGAGGAAAUAUAAGCAGAAUCAAAAAUCAAUGCUGAAGAUGGAGUCUCAGACCCCUUGAGUGGAUGACAACUCACAUUGGGGUGCUUUCAGUGAAAGUUUUCCUGGCAGGUUGCUCAGGAGUCUUCCUCAUCUCCUCUACUACCCAUAAACCUAUCCUACUUGAUUGGACCCAGGCACUGCAAUAGAGAGGAAAGAACCCAGACCUAAGAAUCAGAGUAGAAGAAAGCUCAGGGAGCUAUUGCUAGCCAGAGUAUCAUUGAUGGCAAGUAGCCUAGACUAAACAAUCUCAUCCCAAGACAUGUGUCAGGCUACUACACUUUUCAAUGAACUUUUCCACCCAUAAUCUUAUCUGAUUCUUUCCACAAUCCUAUUGGUGAGGCAGGAUCAAAGGAUCCACAGGUGGAAAGGGAUAUUAGAUAUCAUUUAAUCCAAUCUCAUCAUUUUUCAUGGCAAUAUCUGAAAGACCCAACUGCCAAUCCUACUCUGCCACUUGACUAGUUCUAAGGCUUGAACAAGUCACUUCAUCUGAUCCACCUUACAAUUGAGGAAACUGAGGAAGGCAGAGGUAAAAUGAUUUUCCCAGAGUCACACAGCUAGUCAGUGUCUGAGGCCAGACUUGAACUACCUAGCUGCCUUUAUAUCUUAUUUUGCAUAAGAUGCUAGGUAUUGGUCUAAAUCUAAUUUCUUCCAUACUAUUAUCCAUUUUUCUCAGAAGUUUUUGUCAAAUAAUGAAUUUUUUUCCUAGUAGUGAUCUUUGUGUUUUAAAUUUUUAUUGACAUUCUUAUGAAUGAUAAAAGUAGGAUGGGGGGCAGCUAGGUGGUGCAGUGGAUAGAGCCCCAGCCUUGCAGUCAGGAGGACCUGAGUUCAAAUCUGGCC